UUUGCAGGGACGUGGCAUGUUGUAGCUGCCUUUUCCAACUGCUCCGAUUUCCUGAAGAUGAAGGACGUGAUGAUGUCAUCCAUCACCACCAUCAGCUUCACGCCAGAGGGUGACCUGGCUAUGAACGUUGUCUGGCCCCUGCCGGACAGAUGCCAAAAGGUUGAGCUGCUCUACCAUCAAAACGGGCAGGCAGGGCACUACGUGGUAGCACAAGGGAAGAGGGACACGCGUGUGGUGGAGACGGACUACAGCAGCUACGCCGUCACAUAUGAGAUCCUGCGGAGUGAGCAGGAGUUCAGCAUCGGGAUGCAGCUCCUCACGAGGGAGCAGGACGUGAGCCCCCAGCUUUUGGAGAAGUUCAAAGAGCUCAUCCCCACCAUGGGCCUGACCAAGGACACACUGGCUGUCCUGCCCAAGACGGGUGAGUGCCAGGAAGAUAAGUGCACUGAGGCCGUCAGGUGA